AUGAUUUCAAUUAAGGAUACCAUCUCACGACUAGGGAGAUCGGUGCGAUUGUUGGAAUCACAUCAGAAGUCGCCAAAACCUUUGAAAUCCUUUCCUACCAAGACUCCAAAAGUAUCAAAAGAUAAUGAUGUAACAUUUACUAGUCAAGAAGUAGAACAAUUUAAACCAUUAUUAUCAAAGUUUCAAACUAAAGUUUUUCAAGAUUUUCUUGGGCCCUUAGAUAUGCCAAAUUUAAAGAUAUACAGUGAUGAAUUACCAGAAUUUGAUGAAGCUUCAGCUAAAAGAAAUUGGAAAUCAAAGAAUACUUCCCGACCUAUCAAUUUACUUAAUAAUUUCUUACAAGAUCGAGGCAAUUUUGAUAAAAUGAUGGAUUUACUUGUUAGAAUUACCCCUUAUCAUCUUAAAAAUGUUAAUUUAGACAAUGACUUAGUGGUAUCAAAUAUUUUACGAGAACAAGAACAAUUAAGAAUAAAUUUUCAAUUUCCAAAAAAUAUCUUUACAGAAGUUCCUCCUAUACCGAGUCCCUUAACAAAAGAAUCAUUCGAAGAGUAUAUUUACUUAUUAACACAUCUGACAUUCCAUUAUAGAAAUUCUCUGUCUUUAACUACGGGAAUUAUUCCAGAUAUUUUAUUGUAUACCCAUAAGUUAAGUAAUGAAGAAUUCAAACCUUUCAGAUCAGCUCAAACCUAUAAUUAUCUUAUUAAAUAUUUUGGAUAUGACAAGAAUCAAAGUUCAUUUGCUCGUCAAUUGCUUUUAGUGAUGAAUAAAGAUGAUUGUAAACCCAAUAUUGGAACCAUCAAUAAUUUAUUAAAAGUAUGUCAAAUUCAUUCUCAUAUCAGAUCUACAGGGAAUACAUAUCUGAUAGUACUCAAAUAUUUAAGAUUAUGCACAAAGCUUGACAUUCAUAUAAAUUUAUCCACAUUCACUAGAGUUUAUGAUUGUAUCAAUAAUAUUUUCUUAAAGGAAAUAUUCAUAAAUAAAAUUCAAGCUAUAAAUUUACCAAUUCAAAAGAAUUUAUUAGUAAGAAUCCUUGAUGAUUUUUCAUUAACUAUUAAAGAGACUUCCGAACUUAUAUAUUUCAUUGAGAAUGAUUUACGGUAUACAAAUUGGCGAGAAGAUAGUAAGAUUUUAAAUAAAGUGAUAUAUCAUCAAGCAUUAAUUAUGCGAAACUUGAAUGAAUUGAGAGUUUAUUUUGAAGAUUCAACCUAUCAAAUUGAUGAAUACACGAUAAAGUCAAUACUUGAAGCCAUUAAGAAAAACAAGUUCCUCGAAGAUAAUGAUCGAAUUUGGUUAAUGUUAAAAGUGUAUGUGAAUUUACUGGAAAAAUUACAAUUUCCAGCUAUGGAUAAUGUUAUAAGAGUAUAUCAAUUCCUUAUUGAACAGGUUAUUCAAUGGGAUGAUUCUUAUAUUAAAACCACUAGUCAAUUGAUUAGGUUUAUUUUGAAUGAUGCUACUGAAAGUAUGAGAUUACCAACAGAGUGUAUAAAUUCAAAUAUUCCUGAAAAUUAUAAGAUCAUGAAGAGAAUUUUUAAAGGUAAAUUAGAAGAUGUGGAAUCUAAGAUUGCAUUUUUUAAUAAAACUUAUAGAGAUGAAGCAUUACCUCGAUUAAUGGAGCCUCUUAAUGCUUAUGAAAUUGAGUUAUGGAAAUCAAUUAAACAGAAUAUAGAUAAUAUUCAAAGUAUUGAACAGUUUAUGGAUUUAUCGGGUGCCACUGAAGUUAAAGAUUUUCAAAUUGAUCCAUCAUACAUUGAUAAGUAUCAUAAAGUCCAAAAACACAAGUUCAGUUCAACUAAGAAUAAAAAGUUCUUUAAUAAGUUACAAGAAGGUGCUGAUAAUUAUACGCAUCGGAAGAUGGUUGAACGAAUGAUAAUAGCAGACGACAAUAAUAAUAAUAAUAAUAAUACUGCUAACUAG